AUGAAGAUCAAUGAUGAGGCCAGACGGUUGAAGGUUGAAAAUUCUAAACUUUUUUCCCAAUAUGCUUGCGUGGAGACCUCUCUUACCAAAUAUAAAGCUGAAUAUCAUGCAAAAUCAGAGAAAGUAAAAUCGCUUCAAUCUGUGAUUAAUUCAUUCUCUCCAGGAUACUUUGAUAAGAAUAAUCGGCCAAAUGGUCCCAAGAGAACUAAUUCAUAUGUAAAAAGUGGUGGCAAAAAAAAUAAUGAACCAGAGAGCUCUAGCGCUUCUUCAGAACAAAUUGUACCUGCUAUUAUUUCCAAAGAAAAGAUUUCAUUAGGUGGUUCGGGGAACCUAUCGAUAUAG